AGCAGAAGCCUCAGUUCUCCGGCAGCGAUCAUGUGGAUUAUUGGUCUCGCGCUCAUCGCCUCGACUGCUAUUGCCAGUGGAGCGGAGGAGGAGGUGGCCAAUGCCAACAGCCGUCUGCUGGACAACAUUCUCAGCUAUGUGGAUACAGAAGUCAAUGCCUGCGAUGACUACUUCGGUCAUGCGUGCGGCAAGUACGCGAAAAAGCACUUGGAAGAUUCCUUUUCGGAGAUCGUUUCAAUGGUGGACCACAAGGUGAACCAGGACCUGCUCACGCUGAUGCUGGAGCUGGAGCAGCGCGCGCAGCAGCCAGACUUCGAUGCGACAAGUGUGGAGGCGAAGGUGUGGAGCUUCUAUCGCACCUGCCGCAACGCUUCGAUCGACAGUCGAAGUGGCAGAAGCUACCUGACAUUCGUGCCCCCCGACGAGGGCCUGACAUGGCCGCAGCUAACACGCCCAGCCGGCAGGGCCUGGCCCAAGGAUCGCUUCAAAUGGCUGCAGACUCUGGCCCGUCUGCAUCGCUAUGGCGAUGUGAAUAUCCUGAUGACGGUGUUCAUCAAGUCGUGGCCCAACAACAGCAGCGACUACGUGAUGGACUUCAGCAUGCCCAGCCUCGAAGAGAGGGAAAAGCGUCUGAUGCCCUUCAUGGAAACCAUGCAAGUCCUUGGCAUCUUGGGUGUGCCGCGGGCGAGCGCCUUUGCGCUGACAAAGAAGCUGAAGAGCUUGGAGACAGCACUGAUAAAUCUCAUUGACGAGGAUGACGAUGACACGGAUGGCCAGCAUAUGACAGUGCGACAGUUGCAGCGACGCACUGGAGCCGACUGGCAGAAGUUCGUCGAGUUGCUGCUUGGAGAGGACAUCAGUCCAGAGUUUCGUGUGAAUGUCCAGAGUUUGGGCUACUUCAAGGCGCUGGUGCGGCUGCUGGACGAAAAGGAUCCCGGUGUGGUGGCCAGCUACAUGAUGACACGCCUUAUGCUCUAUCUGUGGCAGGAGACGAUGGACAGCCCGGAGCCGAUUGAGUGCAUCAAGGAUGUGCGCCGCACCAUGAAUCUGGCCGCGAAUCUGCUCUACAAGGAGCGCUUCCUCAGCUCCGCGGGCCAUCUGCACAGGCAGAGCGCGUCCGUUGUCCAGCUCUUUGAUCAGCUUCGACGGCAGUUCCUGCGGAUUGUGCAGCGGAAUCGCCUGCGAUUGAGUCGAUCGCAGCGCGGGAUGAUCAGGCGGAAGGUCAACGAUAUGGUACUCAAUAUCGGCAACAUGCCGCAGCAUAUCGAUCAGCGCCGAUUCGUCAGUCAGCACUAUGCGAGCUUGGAUGUGUCCGCUACGACGCUGGACUACAGUCGGAGCCACUUGAAGCUGCUGGAAUUCCGGACACGUCAGUUGAUGGAAAAGCUAAAGCACUCGCCGCACAGGGCCAACGAGUACUUCUACAUUGCUGACUCGAUGACGGCCAUGAGCUCCAGCGCCUUCUAUAUGUUCCGCCAGAAUGUCAUUGUCAUACCCUAUGGACUGCUGCAGGAGCCCGUGUUCCUGCCGGAUAGCCACGAUGUGUUCAGGUUCAGUUUGCUGGGCUUCAUCCUUGCCCACGAGCUGAUGCACGCCUUCGAUGGCCUUGGAGUCCGCUACGAUGCUCAGGGCAAUCUCAGCGAGAUGGGCCAGCAGAUAGGCAGCUCUUCGCAGUUCGAGGCCGGUCUGGAGUGCUUCAACCACAACGAAACGGAUUACCUCAACGAGCGAGUGGCGGACAUUGACGGCAUUCGUCUCGCCUACGAGGCGUACUUCGGCGGCGGCGCGGAAGAGUCACCCCAGAACCGGACCCGGCCGGAUUUCACUACCAUGCCCAUGGAGCGGCUGUUCUUCCUCAAUCUGGCUCAAUUUUUCUGUGGGAAUGGCGAUUCGUCAAACUUUGUGGAGCAUGAUGCGGAUAGAGUGCGUCUGAAGCAGACCCUUACAAAUUUUGCGGCAUUUAAUGAAGCAUUCAAUUGUCCCACGCAACGAGCCACAGAGAGAUGCCAGCUAUGGUGACGAGUUAGCUGGUUUUUUAAAUAAUAAAUCACAUUUUUGGGGGCCAAAACAAUAUACGAAACAAAUACUCUUUUUUUAAUUCUACAAAAAAUAAAUUCCGCCAU